GCCCCCCCUUAAAAAGAGCGCAUCAUUCUGCGCGUGCGCCAGUACGACACGGAAGACAAAACUGAAAGGUCUGAAUUAGCGCUUAAAAUCUGCAAAUCACUUGGCAAUGGCGAACACAGAGCUCCGAUCAGAGCUGGAAAAAUAUCUAGAGAGUUUAAGUAUCGAAACGACUUGUGUGGACCAUCCAGCGGUGUUCACUGUGGAGGAGAUGAUGCCUCACCUGCAGGGUGUCAGUGGAGCGGUCACCAAAAACCUAUUCCUGAAGGACAAGAAAAAGAAGGGUCUGUGGCUGGUGUCCGUCCGCCACGACCGCCAGGUAAACCUCAACGACCUCGCUAAGAAGCUGGGGGUUGGCAGUGGCAACCUACGUUUUGCUGAAGAGGCUGCCAUGUUGGAAAAGCUGAAGGUGGGGCAGGGGUGUGCUACUGCACUUGCUCUGUUCUGUGACAAAGAGAGCAGUGUGAAGUUCGUCCUGGACAGUGACUUGGUCAACAGGGGACACGAGAGGGUCUACUUCCACCCGAUGACCAACGAAGCGACCAUGGGUGUGAAGCCUGAAGAUCUGCUCAAGUUCCUGAAGGAGACAGGGCACGAACCCAUUCUGCAGGACUUUGACUAGAAUGGAUUUUGUGUGUAGGUGAAAUGUCUAAACCAAGGUGUCAGAUUGGGUUUUCUGAAGUCCGGGAUCAUGCAUUGUGUACGUCUUCAAAUUGUGUAUGUCUUCAAAUCCAAAAUCACUUUUACUGUAUAUUGUGCUUUGUAAUUAAAAUAUGGGACAACUGUACAAAUAGGAACAAAAUACAAACAUAGAUGUUCGGAAGACUCAUCAUGCAUCUGAUUUCCAGAUGCUGUUCUCUCUUUGACCACUAAUUAUCAGAAUAUAAUGCUCUAGUCCAAAUACACACUUU